CAGAACAAGCCUGCAGUCAGUUGCCUGUUGAUACUUGGACAUAAUCAAGUGAAGCUCAACCAACUGAAGGUUCCACUUAUAUUGCACGUACACAACUCUUGAGUGAUUUCGAACAAAAUGGAGAUGAUGCAGGAGAUCAUUCCUUUUGCAAGGGAGAUGCUAAGUGCUCGACCAUCAAAGGGCAUCAUGAAGGUAUAUCUAGUAGGAGGGACCUUUGCAGUCCUGGGCAUCGUGAGUGGCGUGGUGGAGGCUGCCUGUUCGCUCUUCCCUGAGAAAGAAGAAAACACCCUGACUGAACUGAUGGAGGAGACCAUAACAGUGACGGCUCAGACUCAAGAGCCACAGACAGUCAUCCCAGAAGAAGAUGAACAGGACGCUGAGAUGGAAGCCAAGGCUAAGGAACUGCCCAUGCUCAGGCAGCGACGUAUGAGUUUCAGAGCCCAUGCCUCUUAAAAUACACACUCGCUAACACACUACGUGUGCUGCCUUUGAGAUGAGAAGACUCUAUUGUCAUUGUAAUUCUGUGCAAAACAACGAGAUUAUAAUGGUAUUCCUUAAAGUCUCCAGACAACAACAUAAAGCUACAAUAUAAAACACAGACACAUAUAUAUAUAUAUAUAGAAUAGUAAACAAUUGUAAAUGAAACAAGCACUGAGGUUUGUGUGUGUCUGACAGAGAGGAAAUGAAGAGUGCCUGUUGGGAUUGAAUGCUGUUGAACAGCUAAUGUUCGGAAUUAUGGGGUGUGGGAGGGAUGAGGUUGGGGGGGUGUUGGGGUUAGGCGGGGCCUGUUCUCAAAUGUUAUUUGUAAGUUUGUUAAGACGAUGUGAUGAUUUUCUACUGGCUGAACAUUAUUUAUAAAGGAUGUAACAAGUCUUUACUGAGUAAGCUUUCUCUGAUUGCAGCUGAAUAAAUUGUACUGUGUGCAAAACCGUGGUCUGUGUCUUGCUGUGUCUUAAAC